UCCAUGACAGACAAUUGUGAUGGAGCUCAGAAUCUCCAUGCACUGUAAAGCAUGCGAGAGAGCAGUAGCUAAAACCAUCUCCAAAAUCAAAGGCGUGGAGAAGUUUACAACGGAUAUGCCAAAACAGAAGGUUACUGUGACGGGUCGCAUGAAUACCAAGAAGGUCCUGAAAAAGCUUAGAAAGAAAACAGGGAAGAGAGUUGAGAUUGUUGGGGACAACGAUGGUUCCAAUGGAGGAAACUUUUCAGGGAAGGGAGACUCUCCAAAGAAGGGUUCUAAUCCAUUGAUGUUUGGUGAAUGGGAUCAGUGUCAAGUGUUUACGAUGUUUAGUGAUGAGAAUCCUAAUGCCUGCCUGAUAAUGUAGAGAGAGAGAAAGAGAUGGAUGGAUUCAUUAAGACUACUCCCUUCACA